AUGGCAAGCUUUACACGCAUCGAAGAGAGCGAGAGUCCGUCUAUAACCAUCAAUCCUUCGCACAAGAUUGCCAAGAUCAACGACAACAUCUAUGGAGGAUUCACAGAGCAAGCAAGCUCCGAAAUCAAUAUUGGAUAUCUGCUCGCUAACCGAAGUGCCAGGCACAUGGGACGAUGCAUUUACGGCGGCAUAUACGAUCCUGAAAAUCCUCUGUCAGACGAGAACGGCUUCCGCAAAGAUGUUAUUGAUGCCUUCAAAGACCUCAAUGUGCCUGUAGUAAGAUACCCUGGUGCUCUUGGAUGGCUCGAGUAUUGUAACUCGGAUCGUAACAGCUACUACGCAAACUUGCGCCGCAAAAAUGGUCGCGAAAAGCCGUACAAUGUCAAAUACUGGGCCCUCGGUAACGAAUGCUGGGGCCCCUGGCAAGUCGCCCAACUCACCAAGGAAGACUAUGCCAAACAGGCCUACCAAUGGGCCAAAGCGCUCAAACUCCUCGACCCAUCCAUCACCUUGAUUCUGUGUGGUGAAACGGGCUACUCUUCCUGGGACUACUACGUCCUGAACCAAUGCGUGACCUGGAACGUCCACGGCCUGGGUGGCGACACAACAAAGAGUCUAAUCGACAUGCACAGCAUUCACAUUUACACGGCAGAUAACGAACACUUGCCAAAUGCAACUGCGCCUAGAGCCGCGGAAAGAGCGAUCCAAAUGACGAGUGCGUUGAUCGACUUGGCGAGAAUUGAAAAUAAGGUUCCGGAGACGGUGCCCAGGCCGACGAUUUGCUUCGAUGAGUGGAAUGUUUGGGACCCUGUGCGUGCGCCUGGUGAGCAGGGCGCGGAAGAAAAGUACACCUUGUCCGAUGCGCUGGCUGUCUCUGUCUUCCUAAACGCUUUCAUGCGCCAGGCGAAAGAUGUGGGCAUGGCGAACAUCGCGCAGAGCGUUAAUGUCAUCUCGCCUCUGAUGACGACGGAGAAGGGCUUGAUCAAGCAGACGAUCUGGUGGCCGCUGUGGCUUUUCUCAAAGUACAUGCGCGGAAACACGGUGCAGGUUAAUGUGCGCAGUCCAGAAUACCAGGGCAGGACGAAUCCAAAGUGGAUCCGUGGAACGAUUGAGACGCCGUUCUUGGACUGCAGUGCAAGUGUUGGAGAUGACGGAUACAUUAAUCUGGCGGUGACGAACGUCAGUGAGGAGAAGGACUUUGCAACUGAUGUUGUGGGUGUCAAGGCUAGCGAGGUUCAAGUCUUCACUGUUGGCGGAGACGGCGUGGAUGUUGUGAACACGGAGAGCGAACAGAAAGUCGGUGUCAAAGAGAGCACUUGGGACGGCAAGGGCAAAUUUACCUUUGGAAAACACUCUUUCACUCUUCUUAGGUGGAAAGAAGCUUGAACCUGGUUCUUCCUGAAUCUAUACCGAACUUCUUAGAGCUAG